AUGCCCGGCCCAUGGGGCGGGUCUGCACCCCAUGUCUCUCCCUCCCUCCCUGAUGCCCCACUACUCUCUGCAGAGCACCAGCACGCUCGUUACAACCCCCUGCGGGACGACUGGGUGCUGGUGUCGGCCCACCGGGUGAAGCGGCCCUGGCAGGGGCAGCUGGAGGAACCGCCCCCCACCCUUUUCCUCCCCAUUCUCUGUCCUUCCCCAGGUGACAGUGAUCACCCCUUGUUUCGAGCUGCAGCAGCCCGGGGGGUGUGCAAGGUGAUGUGCUUCCACCCCUGGUCGGACCUGACGCUGCCCCUUAUGUCCCUGGCAGAGAUCCGGGCUGUCAUCGAUGCGUGGGCAGAGCUGGCGGCUGAGCUGGGUGCCUCCUACCCCUGGGUGCAGAUCUUCGAGAACAAGGGAGCAAUGAUGGGGUGUUCCAACCCGCACCCCCACUGCCAGGUAUGGGCCAGCAGCUUCCUCCCGAAUGAGGCAUGCCUGGAGGACCGGACCCAGCGGCAGCACCUGAGCCAGCACGGCGUGCCCAUGCUGCUGGAGUACGCCGAGCAGGAGGCUCGUCGGAAGGUGAGAACGUGCCUGUUAUCCGCGGACUGGCUGGUGGUGUUGCCGUACUGGGCUACCUGGCCCUACCAGACCCUGCUGCUGCCCCGUCGCCAUGUCUGCCGCCUCCAGGACCUCCAUGAGGGCGAGAGGGACAGCCUGGCCUCCAUCAUGAAGAGGCUGCUCAUCAAGUACGACAACCUCUUUGAAGUCUCCUUCCCUUACUCCAUGGGCUGGCAUGGAGCCCCCACAGGUCCCUACCUGGAGGAGGACUGCAGGCACUGGCAGCUCCAUGCCCACUACUACCCACCUCUGCUCCGCUCUGCCACUGUCCGCAAGUUCAUGGUGGGCUAUGAGAUGCUGGCACAGGCGCAGCGGGACCUCACCCCGGAGCAGGCAGCUGAGCGCCUGAGGAGCCUCCCCGAGGUGCACUACAAGCAGAGGGCUGAGGAGAUGUCGUGA